AUGAGAAGAGUUUUCAAAUGGAAAGCUCCUCCAAAAUGUUGGUUGAAGAUUAAUUUCAAUGGGGCCUUUAAUGGUGGAACUGGCAAGGCAGCAGUGGGAGUGGUGGUACGUGAUGAAACUGGAGUAUGUUUGGGUGCAGUGGGGAAGGCAUUCUCUUAUAUUCAUUCUGCAGAACAUGCAGAGUUGACGGCCUGCAGAGAGGCAGUAGACAAUGUUAUUACUCAUCUUCUUCAUCCGGUCAUUUUUGAGACCGAUUGUUUGAUUUUAAAGCAGCAGCUUUGUCAGGAAAGAGGGCAGAAUUUGUCUGCACUUGGUAGACUCUACGAUGACGUUAGUGCAGAUUUGGAAAAUCUGCCCAACUCUUGGUUUGUUUAUGCUAGGAGGCCGAGGGAGGCUAACAAAGCAGCACAUCUUCUGGCAGGUGAUGCAUCUGCCAAUGACCAAAGCUUCUUUUGGCCUACUGUUCCUUUCUUUAAACAAGAUGUAAUUGUGUGGAAACUUUACUUCUGUAUCCCAUUGUUUAUCAUAUAA